AUGGCGCUGACGGCGGCCAGCUUGGCGGCUCACGGCGCAACCUCCGCGUCCGCCAGCCCGGCGGCCCAGGGCUCGGCAAGCGAGGUGAAGGUCGGCAAGGCCGCGAACGGCCAGAAUGGCCCUCUGUGCGAGCCUUGCGUGACAGAGGUUGCCAAACGGAGGAUCUUCCGCAGCGUCGACGCGGCCGCGUCGGCGUUCACGCAGUCUUCAGUUCUCAAGGCCGCGUGGAAGGUGGAGUGCCUGUGCGUGAACGCGUCAGAGCUGGCCUACCUGGCCAGGCGCAGGAUCUCACAGUUCAACGUGGCACCGUUCAAGGGCUGGACAGUCUCAGGGCAGCCUGAGGAGUGCUACGCGGUGAUUGGCGACUUGCCAUCGACCCUCGCGGCUGGCUAUCGGCGGGUGAAGGUAUCCUUGGGGUCAGCUACCCGCCUCCACGUGGUCCACGCCGAUAGCAGACCGACGUUGCCAUCCCAUGGGUUCCUCACAUUCCAGAUGUGGAACAACCAGCGUUGUCAGGGCCUCGCGCAGUCGAACCUUCUUGCAUCUGGGGCGAGGACCAGCGCUCUCAAGGGCAAGCAGGACGCCAUGCGGAAGAGAGGGUCUUUGGAUGUGCAUGAUGAGAAUGACCUCACCAGGAAGGACGCGCGGCGUGCAUCGGAUCCUGCUGCCGAGCAUGGCGAGGAUGGCGAUGGGCAUGCAGACGACGGAGCUAGCACGAUUGCUGGCGGCGCAAGGAGCUCCGUGACAGUCGCUGGCCCCAAGAAGAAGGGCAAGGCGACAUCUGCUCCUUCGCAGCCGUCGGCCUCAGCAGCGGAGCAGUUCCCGCCCGUCGGCUUCUCGGUCCAGAAGGCGUCGUUCGAUGCCGUGGCAACGCUGGCAGGGGAGCGUCGCGCUAAACUUCCAGCUGGUUCCCCCGCCGAUGGCAAGACGGUGGUCUCUGGCAGCGGCGGGCCCAAGCGCGCUGGCACCCAGGACUUGGAGAGUGCCUCGGCCGCUGGCGCUGGCAAGGUCUACUCCAGUUGCCCCACUGACAAGCGAGAGAAGUGCUUCUACUGGGUCCAGAAGAACGACUUGACGGCCAUCCUUGCGAAUAAGUCGAUGGGCAAGGAGCUCUCGGAAGGCAACGACUGCGUGGGUGCUCUCGCUGGCCAGCGCGAGUUUGCGGGGGCGAGGUCCAUCUUGAGCUCCCACAUGAAGUUGGUCGAGAUCGCUCAUAAGGUGAAGUCGUCUGCCGUAGACCAGAUCGACGAGGCAACGGAGCGGGCCCACCACGAGACGCUCAAGAAGGCCAACGUGAAGUACCCGUUCACCCAGAUGCAGUUCAUGGUGCGCCGCAGGCUCAGGAAGGAUGUGAAGACCUUCGGGGCCAGCUUCAGCAGCAUCACGGAGGCCCAGGUGACCUCGUUCGUGGCCCAGGCGAUGUGCUUCAACGCGGGCGGCGAGGUUCUCUCCGAAGACUUCGACCCGCUGUCGCCUUCGCUGCUGAACGGGUCGUCUACGCCCCACGAGAAGUACACGUUUUUCUACGAGUUCUUGCUCCAGGAGGUGUUCUGCACGUGGAUCUGCAACGAUCUUGAAGCGUCCGAGGCCUUGUCUCUACUGGCAAGCGUGGUCCUCAAGCAAGUGAACGCCGAGCUGCGCCACCAGGCAUCCACGGGACAUCACGAGACAGAGUCUAUUGAGAUCAGACAGUGCAUGAAGACAAUCCUGGCCCUCUCGGACUCGAGCAGCGAUGUCGACGACUUGCAGGCGAAGAUUGAGGUUCUCAACUCGAUCGAGGGGGUGGCGGGUCAGACGUCCGAUGGCAUCAGCUCGCUGAUCUGGAAUGGUUUGAAGAACGCCCCGCACCACAUGAGGUCCAUCGAGAUGCUGAAGGCAGCCGUGCCAGCAUGGGAGAAGCACUGCAAGUCGAUCAAGGAUCAGGGUGAGUGGUUGGAUCAGUUUCUGGACGAUGAGCUCCGCCAAGACUUGCUUCUACCAGAGGACAUCAUUGCCACGGCGAAUCGCCUGGGCGCCGUCAUCAAGGCCGUUACGUUGACAUACAACGCCAUCAUCGGUUUGAAGACCGAUGCGAACAUCCCGAUUGACCGCGUCAAGGCUUUGCAGUCCCUCAUCGCCGCCACCAAGCAGCUAUUGCCCAUGGACGAUGACAUCACUGGGCACGCAGCCAUACUGGAUCGGAAGCUGGCGGUUGAGAACAUCGUCGUCAUGAAGUCUGCGGUGAAGGCCAGCAUGGGGAUCAUUCUCACGACGAUCGAGGCGGACAAGGAAGCCGACCCAGCCAAUUCCGCGGACUUCGUCAAGAACUUGAAGGCGUACGGCAGGGCGAGCGCUGACACGGAGCUGGAGUUGCAGCUCAACAAUAUGUUCUGGAUCUGGGCCAACUUCAUCCACGAUGACCGCGUGACAGGCGGCAGGAAGUGGGCACAGGACGAGGCGGCCUUGCAGGUGGUGGCAAGCGUUCUCAAGACGACGGACGGGAGGAUGGCAAAGAAGAUCGUCCAGUACAUCACGGAGGUCCGCCACCUGCUGGACGCGAGUGCGGCGGUGAAGCAGCUGGGCUCGACGGCGAUGGAGAUCGCCAAGCACGGGAACGUAUUCACGCACAUCCAGGAUGCCCAGAGUAGGAUCACGGCGAUCAAAGAGAUCAGCGGGACCAUCAAUGUGCUUGCGGCCUCCAAGCUGGAGACCUGGCUCCAGAGUCAGCGGAGCGCCGAGCAGAGGGCGAAGGACAUCAAGAUGGUGGCGGAGGCGAUCGGCAUCACGGCAUCGGCACCCCUGAAGAGCAAGCAUGAGGAUUUGGAGAAGGUCGCGCAUGGCGGCGCGAACGGGAAAUCGUGGUACUUCGGCUUCAAGGGCCGCGGGACGCGGGCGCUCGUGCCCCGCGGCAUCUCCGCGCUGCUCAACAACGAGAACUUCAACAUCGACAACGUCCUCGCCCCGCCUGCGGACGUCGAGAAG